CGCCUCGCGCGGGUGGGGCGGGCCCGCGCAGCAGAUCUAAAGCGGCGCUGGGGGCUCRGGGCCUUCCCGACGCUGCCAACUGGGCCCAAACAGGAAGAUGGAGUGUCAGAAAAUUACCAAAUUUGGAAACCAGCUUCUGCGUCGGAAAAAUGUGGACUGCACUCGAGAAGACAGUCGGCUCUCGCGAUGCCUCAACACAUUUGACUUGGUGGCUCUGGGCGUAGGUAGCACUUUGGGUGCAGGGGUCUAUGUACUGGCUGGAGCUGUGGCACGGGAAAAUGCAGGGCCCGCCAUUGUUAUCUCCUUCUUGAUUGCUGCCUUGGCUUCAGUGCUGGCUGGACUCUGCUACGGAGAAUUCGGUGCUCGAGUUCCUAAAACAGGAUCAGCUUAUCUCUACAGCUACGUGACUGUGGGUGAGCUGUGGGCCUUCAUCACAGGGUGGAAUCUAAUCCUCUCCUACGUCAUUGGAACCUCAAGUGUGGCCAGAGCCUGGAGUGCGACGUUUGAUGAAAUCAUAGGGCAGCACAUUGAAAAAUUUUGUAAAAAAUACAUGACGAUGGAGGCUCCUGGAGUGCUAGCAAAAUACCCAGACAUCUUUGCCGUGGUGAUUAUUGUCAUCCUAACAGGGCUUUUAGCUUUUGGCGUGAAAGAAUCUGCCCUGGUGAACAAAGUGUUCACCUGCAUMAACGUCCUUGUCCUUGGCUUUGUUGUGAUCUCCGGCUUCGUGAAAGGAUCUGUUAAAAACUGGAAUCUGACCGAACAGGACAUUUACAACACCAGCCACAUUUCCAAAGACAAUCAAACRCAGGAAGAACAGCUCUACGGUGUUGGAGGGUUUAUGCCCUAUGGAUGGAAAGGAGUCCUCUCAGGGGCAGCCACGUGUUUUUAUGCUUUUGUGGGAUUUGACUGUAUUGCUACUACAGGCGAGGAGGUAAAAAACCCUCAGAAGGCUAUUCCUAUUGGAAUUGUGGCAUCUCUGCUCAUCUGCUUUGUGGCUUAUUUUGGUGUGUCGGCUGCCCUGACACUCAUGAUGCCUUACUACCAGCUGGAUACCAAUAGCCCUUUACCCAAUGCCUUUAAAUAUGUGGGUUGGGAUGGAGCCAAUUAUGCAGUGGCUGUCGGUUCAUUGUGUGCACUUUCUACAAGUCUCCUUGGCUCCAUGUUUCCGAUGCCUCGAAUCAUUUAUGCUAUGGCAGAAGAUGGGCUUCUGUUUAAAUUUUUGGCCAAAGUCAAUGAGAAGAGAAAAACUCCCUUAAUUGCAACAGUGACAUCAGGAGCUACUGCAGCUAUUAUGGCCUUUCUCUUUGACUUGAAAGAUCUUGUGGACCUCAUGUCCAUUGGGACCCUCCUGGCUUAUUCCUUGGUGGCAGCCUGUGUGUUGGUACUGAGGUACCAGCCAGAGCAGCCUAAUUUGGCAUACCAGAUGGCUAGGUCGACAGAGGAGGCAGAUAACAAUGAGUCUGUGAGCACCAGUGAGUCGCAGGCUGGGAUUCUGCCAGAGGAAGACGAGAAGUUUUCCUUCAAAGCCAUACUGUGUUCCCCAGAUUCAGAUCCUUCCAAAUUUUCUGGUUCAGUGGUGAACGUCUCAACCUUCAUCAUUGGUUUCCUUAUUGUGGGUAUCUGUAUCCUGACUUCACUWCAGCCAAACAUUCUGAUAAACAUUGUACAGAUUAUUGCUGCCAUCCUUGUUGUCACUGUCAUCUUCAUUAUACGGAAACAGCCUGAAAGCAAAACCAAACUCUCCUUUAAGGUACCUUUUUUGCCCUUUCUUCCUGUUGGGAGUAUUUUUGUGAACRUUUACCUCAUGAUGCAGCUAGACGCAGGCACGUGGAUCCGGUUUGCUAUCUGGAUGCUCCUAGGCUUUAUCAUCUACUUUACCUAUGGAAUAUGGCACAGCGUGGAAGCCAGCUACGCAGCCUCAGCAGAAGUGGAGAGAAACACAGACACUGGCUCAGACAGCUGUAAAUGAYUAUGUCUGGCUUAUGGACGAGAGAGGAAUGGCUGCAGUGAAAGAAACUUUGUGGUGGACAUYCUGAACCAGAUUACAACUGUAAUCAGUAAUGCAGGAAUAAGGAAGCGGAAUGCAGGCCUCCUAAGCUGUGUUACUGCGGCUUGCAGUUUGUUUAGAAGAACAGUUAAAAGGGACCACAAGAUAAAAAGCCACAACUCUGGCGUGCUCCCAGCAGCACUGGCAGCUCAUGGGGUGCUUCCCUCUCUCCCUYUCCUGUUUUGUUUUUUUUYCCCAGUGUGUAGAAAGAGAACUGCUUCUGUGUGCAAAUGCUGCUGUGAARCCAGGCCUCCCAAAUGUCCUUCUUUCAGUAGCCCCGGGAUUACCUCCCUGCAGAUAUUCUACCUGAUUAUACAUGGAGCAGAUUUUGCAKUGCUAAUGUCAACCAUAGACCAGAUCCAUCAUUUACCCUAUGUGAGCUGUACCCUCUGUAUACGUACAAAAAAAAAAAAAAAAGGUUCUCACCAAACACUAGAUUUCACCACGAAUGCACCUGCAAGAUUUGCAUUCUUUAAAGUAUCAGGUCUCAUAUUUUUUUGCUUUAUUUGACUUUUUUUUAGCUAUGUACUCACAUGCUUUAAAGCACAUCAGUGCUGUGAAAUGUUGGGAAAGUUUGUGGUUGCUGAUUGUCAGGUGAAUGAUCGCUCGCCAGCACACAGGUAACACCAGCAGGUGUUUCUCCUUACUGUGCACUCCACAGAGGAACUGCCAUGUUUAGUCAGGAAACUAUGUGGUGCAAGCGCUACAAAGGCAUGAAAACAACAGAUGUCUCRAAAGAGCUGUGCUACCUCGUGGCCUCAAAGAUCACCAGCAGUGUGGUUGUAGGGAUGGGGUGGCCAGCAGAACUGAGCCAGCUCUGACAGCAAGUGGAGCCCUAUUUUCCUCUCCCCACAUCAGUUUUGUGUGCUGGCUGCAUGGCAUUAGCAAAGGAUUUGGCUGUGAUACUUCGGUUUUGCAUUGGUGGGURGAGUGCAUUCCUGCCCUGGGAAGGGAAGCACAGGAGGAUCCUCAGAGGUGUGAGGUUCAUACAUGGGCAGGGCCUGCUGUCUGCUCCCUGUCCAGGGGAGACUGUGGGGGUUAGCAGGGGUUUCUCAGUACAGAGAACUUGCAGAGCUUGCAGCCCAGAAAACAUUGCUAAGCUCUAGGGUCUGACUUGGUGAGGGGAGCUUUCCCUUUGGGGCUGGAGAUUGUCUCCAGAGCCUGCCUGUAGUUAAAGGCGGGAAAUUUGGAGUUGAGACCAGGGUCUGUGUUUGGCAGUACCUUGGUUUUGGCUGUAAGAUGAAUUUUUGUUUUAAUUAUUUCUAAAAGCUUUUCCUAGCCAAAUUAAUUCACUACCCUAAAAAAGCUUAUUAAAGCACCCAUGAAGGUGAGCCAUGCCCAAGUAAUGCCACUGAUUUAAAGUCACGCUUCAGCUUGUACUGAAAAACAAAUCAUAGGAUAGUGGAAUGAUUGGUUUGGAAGGGACAUUUGAAGAUUACCUGGUCCAGCUUACGUGACAUCAGCCAGGACAUCUUUCACUCAGUCAGCUUGCYCAAAACCUGCGCCUGACCUCAGAUACUUCUGGGGUUGCAGCAUCCCAAAUAGUAACUGCAGAAAUCCCCUUUCCUGASGUGAGUGGAUGCUUUCCCAGGUGUCCUCCAUACUACUGCCUCUGAACACUGACAAUCUUUUAAUUUGUCAGCAUGGCUCUUGCUGAUGAAGUGAUGGGCUCUUGCACCUGUCUCCAUUACAUUGGAGAACUGAAGAACAGACCCUGCAUGACUUGCCCGGGGUCUCUCCAGGCAAGGUCUCUCUGAUGCAGCAAAAAGGGGAAUCAGAGCAUCUCCUGGAUUACAUGGCUGGAUUAUGGACCAUGCCUCACAGGUUUCCAGGAGAGAAUUUAUAACCUUUCUGCCCACUGAGGAGUUUUAAUCUUGGUUUGUUUCUAGUGCACUUGGGAGGCUUUUCUUGGCAGGGUUGGAAUUUGUAGAAGUGAAGGCAAUGUGUUCAUUGCCUCCCAGGUGCACUUCAGGGUGUGUUUUGAGUGCAGCUUCCCCCACAAAAUGAAGUUGGGAGCUGCUCCAGUUGCYGGAUCUUGACCAUCUGCCAAGCCUUUGCUCCUCAUAAAUAUACCAAGUCUCACUCAAGCAGGGACAGAUGAAUAUAGAAAUUAAAAGCYACUAGGUUGAAGUCUACUUUGUUUAAACACUGGCAAGGUGAACAUACUCCACAGCCYCCCAAAAGGUGCUGGAAAUGUGGUGGGAGGGCCAUAAGAUGAAAACUCAGACAAGAUCAUAGUUUCCUCUUGUACUAAAAAUAUAAGGAUGUUUUUCCCUACCUGGUUACCAGCUUCUGUGCAAUGAAAACAUGAAACUUGUGUCCUUGCCACAGCUUCACCUACAUCAAGCAAUCCAGGAGCCUGGUGAAAAAUCUUUCAGGAGGAUGUUCUCAGGCACAUUCCCAAGGUGGAGUAUGACCACCUUUUAUUCCUUGUGGCAAAGCCCCAUUUUAUUCCUUGUGGCAAAGCCUGAGCAGCUCUGUGGCUCUCAGCAGGAGGGCAGGGUGUGGGGAUAGGGCAUGGCGUGUUGAAACUGAGUGAACUGGAACACUGGGGAAUUCAGGUGUUUGCUGAUGGGCUUGAACCACUGGCAGAAAUGGUCCUGUUGCGACAUGCUGCAGCAUGACAUCUUUAUGGAAACACUGCAGACCACARUCCCUGUUCUGGGAGCCCCAGUCACACUGGAAGCAUCCGACAAGAUGAAUCCAUGAAAACUGAUAGCAUGUGAGCCACUGUCAGGUAAACCAGCUACCAGCCCUGCUGCCAGGAAGCUGAUGRCUGUCCAGCAUCAGUCUUUACCUUAAUGGAGUAAACCUCUCAUGUGGUUUUGCUUUAUUUUCCAUUCACCUCAGUUUCUGUAUGCACAAAAACCACAGGAGGACAUGCUGAUCUGUAUGUGUCAGCACGCAGGUGCACU